GGAGGAGGACACCACUAUAUGCAGGUAUGAAGCCCAUCGCAGACCUCCACCUGCUCCCAGCACUGAGUGAAGCCACUUGGAGUGAGGGUCAUUCAUGCAAAUGGAGCGUCUCCAGGUGUGGCAAUUCUUCGGUCUCAUCGUCCUUGCCGGCGCCCAGAGCACCACGCACAGCCCCGACCCUCAGCCCUCCUACCUGCUGCUGGCCCCCAGAGUCCUGCGCCCUGGAGUCCCAACAUCAGUGUCCGUCACCAUCCUGACCGCCUCCUCCGUCACUGUGUCCGCCCGCAUCGUUCAGGGCAACCAGACUGUGGCCUCAGACUUCACCACUGUCCAAGGAGGUUCAACCAAGCUGCUGACUUUACCAGCUAUCGGCGAGAGCGAGUCCAGCCACUGGCAGCCGUACUACCUGGAGGUUACAGGUCAAAUGGGCAAGAUCAAGGUAUUCUCCAACUCAACACAGCUGCACUUUGAUGCCAAAGGCCUGUCCACCUUCAUUCAGACAGACAAACUGAACUACAUGCCGGGGCAGGCGGUCAGGAUCAGAGCGGUGUCCAUUCACCCUGACGGGAAACCCUACGUCAGCCCUGUGAACAUCAUCAUCAGAGAUCCGAGGGGGGACUUGGUCAGACAGUGGCUGUCUCUGGACAGCGUCCUGGGGGUCGUGUCUCAAGAGUACCAGCUGUCUGAAAACCCGCCUCUGGGUGAAUGGACCAUCAUUACUACAGUCGCUAAUUUUUCAACCGAGAAGCAUUUCAACGUGGCUCGUUAUGUUCUGCCAAAUUUUGAAGUUGUGAUUAACGCUCCGGAUGUCAUGUAUAAAGAGGACACUCUGUGGGGCUCCGUCACAGCAAAGUACAUGUACGGAAAGCCUGUUCAGGGACACAUGAAUAUAACUUUCCUCCACAGUUUUUAUGGUUAUAACGAGGCAUAUAACGAAGAUAGAGAGAUCAGCGGCAGCACAGACUUCAUGUUUGACAUUCCCAGCUCCUACUUCCCCAUGAGCAAACGAGCUCUCAAGAUGUUCUCCUUGGACGGCUACAUGGACGAUCAGUAUCUAAUGAUCGCUGUUAAUGUGACUGAGCAGCUCACAGGUCUCACAUAUAGCAGCACGGCAAAGGUGUUUUUGGCAAGGUACAGAUAUAAAGUUUCUUUUGAUGGCUAUUCCCAAAUAUUAAGGCCUUCUCUGAACUUCGUUGCCAGGCUAAAAAUAUCUACAUACAACGAUAAGCCCCUGACACCAGAGGAUCAACAGAAAACUGUUAAAGUGUCAGUGAUGCAACAAAAGCAAACUCCGUGGAGUAUGCAAAGGGAUCAGGAGGAGGAAAUGGGGCCUUGGCUGUUAAACAUGUCGGACCCUUCGAAAGAUGUGCAUCCUGAGGAGAUGCUUCCCAAAGAAAUGGAAUUUCUUGUCCCUGCAGAUGGAGUCAUACCCCUCAACAUUCAGCUCAUGAAUGAAACAGAAACACUCACGAUUGACGCAUAUUUUGAGGACAGUCAUAACACUCUACAAGUCUUUCGAAGCUACACAUCCCCCAGUGACUCCUACCUGCAGAUCCAGAAACCCUCCGAGCCUUUAGUGAUAGGUUCACCCCUCCUGCUGCACAUUGACAGGAAUUUUAAAAUGACUGAGAUUCACUACAUAGUGAAGUCCAAAGGGCAGGUAGUUUCUUAUGGGAAAAGCUCUGGUGUUGUAACUCUCGUCCCAGAAAUCAGCUGGGCUCCUCUGGCCUGCGUCGUUGUCUACUGUGUAUGUCCCCACGGAGAGAUCGUCAACGACGCCAUGCAGAUACCCAUCACCCAAACUUUAAAAAACCAGGUGUCUCUGAGCUGGAGCGACACGACGCGGCGGCCAGCUGACGAGGUCACACUGAGGGUCGCAGUGUCGGAGCCCGCCUCUUUGGUCGGCAUCCUGGUGGUCGACAAGGCGACCAAGUGGAAGAGCUCACACAAUGACAUCACCAAGGAAACGGUGCUGAAAGAGAUGAUGGAGUAUGACGUUUCCACAGCCGACGCCUACUCUCACACAAUGACAAUGGGAGAUCCGUACUCCAUCUUUGAGAAAUGCGAUCUUGUUGUGCUGACUGACGCCAGUUUACACAGGAUGAACCAUCCCAUGAGGCCUGAAUUUUCAGGGGAGGGAAUGCAUCAAUUGUUCCUGACAGACAAAAUGGAGCAACAACAGGAGCCACGAGAGCGCUGGAACUUUCCAGAGACCUGGAUAUGGAUGGACAUGACCACAAGUAAUUCAAAGUUAUUGUCGAUACCUCUGACUGUACCAGACAGCAUCACAACCUGGACAGCCACCGCCUUCGUCAUAUCGGAGAACCUGGGCCUGGGCGUCGUAGAGAGGCCGGCAGAGCUCACAGUGUUCCAGGAUUUCUUCCUGUCCUUGAACCUGCCGGCCUACGUCAUCCGAGGAGAGGAGCUGCUGCUGGAGAUCAUUCUGUUCAACUACCUCCCUCAGGACCUGGAGGUCACGGUGAUUGUUGCCGGGAGCAGCACCUUUGAGUUUGUCAUCCCGGACAUUGAGGGGAUGUCCGUGGACAUUGUUCGCGAUGUGUCUGUGGGGAGUCAGAACGUAGCGUCCGUCCUCGUUCCCAUCAAGCCACUGGUCCUCGGGAUGAUCCCCGUCUCUGUGAAAGCCAAAUCGGCCGCGGCGUCCGAUUUCAUCCGCAGGAUGGUGCUCGUCAAGGCUGAAGGACUCGAGCAGUCGUUCUCCGCCUCGCUGCUGUUUGAGCAUCCUCCAUCGGGAAAUUCAUUUUCCAGUCAAGACGUCACGUUCAGCUUCCCGGCAGAUGUCGUGGAGGGCAGCGAGAGAGCUUCAGUGGCGGUUGUCGGUGACAUCCUGGGCCCGUCCAUUAGCGGCCUGGGCUCUUUGAUCCAGAUGCCUUACGGCUGCGGGGAGCAGAACAUGAUCAACUUUGCACCAAACAUCUACGUUCUGCAGUAUCUGAGCGCUGUGGGACAAACGGACACAGAAACCACAGAAAGAGCAACAGGCUACAUGAGGAACGGUUAUGAGCAGGAACUGUCCUUUCGGAGAGCAGACGGCUCCUUCAGUGCCUUCGGAGACCAGGACUCAUCUGGAAGCACUUGGCUCUCUGCGUUCGUGCUGAGGUGUUUCCUGCAGGCACGGCCGUUCAUCAGCAUCGACGACCAAGUGCUGCAGGGAGCGGCGGCCUGGUUAGGAGACCGGCAGGAGGCUGAUGGGAGAUACAUGGAGCCCGGUCGCGUCAUCCACACCGAGCUCCAGGGAGGCCUGGACGGCCCCGUCUCCCUCACGGCCUACGUCCUCAUCGCCCUGCUGGAAGACAGCAACAUCAGGGCGAAGUACCACAGCCAGGUGUCUGCGGCCCUGAUGUUCCUGGAGACCCGCCUGGCUCUCGGGGUGUCCAGUAACUAUAGUCUCAGCCUAGUCACCUACGCUCUGGCUCUGUCCGGAAGCCCCAGCACCGACGCAGCAAUCAGCCAGCUGAUUGGACGAGCUGAGAUGAGAGGUGGCGUGCCGAUGUGGUCUUCCCCAGACGGUGGCCUGUCGUCGUCGUGGCAGCCGCGGUCUGCAGACAUUGAGAUGGUGUCGUACCUGCUGCUCGCCCAACACAAACGGGGCAACGUCACGCAGGCGCUCAGCCUCAUGAAGUGGCUCAGCCAGCAGCGGAACCCAGACGGAGGAUUCGGGAGCACUCAGGACACGGUCGUGGCUCUGCAGGCCUUGUCCACCUUCGCAGCCCACGGCGGCUCUCACGACUUCAACCUCACCAUCAGAGUGAACGCCGACCCUUCGACCACCGUCGCCUUCUUCCACAUCGUCCAGGACAACUACCUGCUGCACCAGAGCAAGCAGAUUGAACCAAAGAAGGAGCUGAACCUGAGGGUGUCUGCAACCGGUCGUGGACUUGCCAUGUUUCAGCUGAACGUGUUUUACAACAUCAGGAACGAGGGGCUGAUGAGGAGGCGCCGAGACGCCGGCGAGCGCGAGGCCUUUAAUCUGGACGUCGAGCUGUUUGACACAGCGAUGGUCUCACAUCUGUACAUCUGUAGCAGUCUGUCAGAGGGUCUGGGUCUGACGGCGACGGGCAUGGCCAUCAUGGAGGUGGGUCUGCUGAGCGGCUUCCACCUGCAGCCGAACGGCGUCCCGAUCAACCAGGUCAUCAAGAAAGUGGAGACGGUGCCGGGGAAAGUGGUCCUGUACCUGGACUCUGUGACGACGGAGGAGAUGUGUGUACGGAUUCCUCUGGUCGUGGAGUUUAAAGUCGCCAAAGUCCAGGAGGCCAAUGUUAUCAUCUAUGAUUAUUAUGAACCAAGGCGGAGGACGGUGAGAACGUACACGUCGGAGUGGAGGAGCCAGAUGUCCGCCUGCUCCUUCUGCGGCAGCGACUGCAGUCAGUGCAGACAAGUCGACUACGACUAUUAUGACACCAGCGUGAUGUCACACAGCACCCAAAGCGUCCCAGUGCGUGGGUUAACCCCUGCUCUGUUCCUCCUCCUCAUCAUCAUCGUUAUGUAAAUAAGUCCAACAGAUGUUCAGCGUUUGCAGAUGAAGUUUACAUAUAUUGUGUGAAAUGUUUUUUUUUUUCUUUUUCAUAUAUCAUUGUGUUGGUUGCAUCAAUUCUAUAACUUGAAUUAUUCAGUGUGCAUUUGAAUACAGCUGCUAAAUACUGCUGAGCUCAAUGUUUUUGUCUCAUGGGAACAUUUAUUAUACAUACAUGCAUAUCAGGGAGAUUCUCCUACAUAAAUAAUCUUUUUAUCAUAAAUGACAUAUAUCUGGUUUUAACGGUUUAUUCUGCCUGCCACCUUGCAUUAAUUAAAAUAGGAUGUGUGUUUUUAAGUGCACAACAAUGUAUUAAGAGAUGUAUAAAAGUAAUUGGACACUUUAAGCAAACACUUUGUAGAUUUCUGCCAUAGAUUAAAUGGGACUGUUACAUUUG